AUGGACGGCGACGGCGAGACGGCACCGGAACCGCGGUACCUACCGCACGAGCUCGUCUCGCGGAUCCUGCUUCGUCUCCCCUUCAAGUCGCUGAUGCGCUUCACCUGCGUCUGCAAGACCUGGCACAGCAUCAUCACCAGCGACCAGUCUUUCCAACGCGAGCAUCACCGCCUCCAAGAGCCGUGCGUGCUCAUCGCGCCGCUGAUAAAAAGCAACGACGGCGGCCCUUUUACUGUCACAAACAAAAAGGUCACUACCCCCGGCUUAUACCGGUGGGAGAAGAGCCAGAGCGCCGCGACCCUAGUUCAAGCCAUGGACUCCUUCCCUGCGGAAGAAGCGAGGCACAAGUUCACGCACUGUAACGGCCUUGUGCUGAUGCCGAUGGCCGGCACGGUGAGGGUGCUCAACCCGGCCACACGCCGCCUUCUGGUUCUGCCUGGGAGACCCCAUAUUGUCGUGCCCAAGCGGCUCUCUAGGCUCUUCCGAGAGGGAGGGGCGUUAGGUAUCGGGCAUGACCCUCGCUCCAACACCUACAAGGUUGCCCGUUUCUUUUACCGCUAUGUGGACGUGCCCGUGACAAGUGGUCGCAACUUCACCUUCGGGGUGGAGGUGUUCACCAUUGGAAGAGAUACACAUUGGCGUGAGACGGCGGUGCCACCGCCACACCCUAUCAUUGCAGGCCAAACAUCGUCCUUCUUAAAAGGCUCCUUACUCUGGACAAUAGAUGAGUCGCUUCUGGAGGGUGAUGUAACCGUCCGAGGUUUCCUUCGCUUCAGCUUGGAGGACGAGUCUUUCAGUGUCAUAGGAGCACCUCCUGGGUGCCCUAAGCUCCAGUACUUGGCAUCCAGCUUAGCUGAGAUGGGCGGUGAGCUGUACCUUGUUCACAAAGUCCCCGCAAGUCAUACUCACCUGAUAUGGGUAUGCGAUGAUGUGGAUGGCGACGAUCCGCCACGAUGGGUUCAACGUCAUGCCAUCAAGGUCCCAUGCUGUAUUCAUCCGGUAGGUGCGUUUGACGAUGGUAUAGUGUUCCAACCGAGAUCUCAUAGCAGACUGUUAUGUGUUGAUAGCGGAAGAACGGAGGGUUUCAGGCAUGUGGCUGACAUGCAUGACUUGAGAUAUCACCAUCCUGACACAAACACAUCUGUUGAGUACAGGGAAGAAAUUGUCCAUGCCUACGACAUAAUCCCCUAUGUUCCAAGCCUGGUGCCAGUUUAG